CGGAACCCCAUAACAUAAUAGAGUAUCGAAAAAUUACGAGCAGGCUUUAUUAAAAAUAUUUCUAAAAAUUUUUAAGAACAAUUUAAAUUAUUUUUUAUUAAAGACUUAAAUUACAGAAACACUAUGGCGAGAGUUUGCACUGUGAAAAGUUGCCCAAGUGGCCGGAAACGUAAAAAAGUAGUGAAAGAAACAUCUUGUCCUGUGUCUUUUUUUCAAGCAAAAACCCCAGCCAGGUUACGACAUUGGUCCAAAUCUUUGGGUAUAGCGUUGAAAGCAUCCGAUUACAUUUGUCAAUUUCACUUUAAGGAAAAAGAUAUAAAUAUGUAUACUAAGAUUGUCAUUGGAAAUGAAAUCCAUUUACAUUCUUUAGCCAGAAAACAAAUUUCAGAAGAAGCUGUGCCGACGAUUGAACAUCAGUUGCAGCUCAAUCCUGAACAUCAGAAACAAGAACAACAGCAACUAGAACAAGAACAACAACUAGAACAAAAACAACAGCAAUCAGAACAAGAACAACAACUAGAACAAGAACAACAGCAAUCAGAACAAGAGCAACAAUUAGAACAAGACCAAGAGCAGCUAGAACAAGAACAACAGCUCCUAGAACAAGAGCAAGACCAACUAGAACAACAGCAAUUGGAACAAGAUCAAGAGCAGCUAGAACAAGAACAACAUUUACUAGAACAAGAACAAGAGCAGCUAGAACAAGAACAACAUUUACUAGAACAAGAACAAGAGCAGCUAGAACAAGAACAACAAUUAGAACAAGAACAACAGCAAUUGGAACAAGAUCAAGAGCAGCUAGAACAAGAACAACAUUUACUAGAACAAGAGCAGCUUAUACAAGAACAACAGCAACUAGAACAAGAACAACAGCAAUCAGAACAAGAACAAAUACCAGAAAUUAUGGAGCCAAUUUCAUCUUUAAUGGAAAAGUUUUCCAUAUUACCCCAGUAUUGGUCAUACGCUGAGAAAUCCAACACAAUAGAAUUUUUCAGGUUUGAUCCUGUGCAAAUGCGGAUUCAAAAUCAUAUAGCUUGGAAUGAGGAUCUUUCUAUUUCGGUAAUUUUCCCAAAUAAUAAAAAGCUAAGUUUAGUUGAUAGACUAUGUUCGCUAGAUGAAAUCUAUGACUACUUAAAAUCUGUCGAAAAAUGGCCAUUAUGUGUUGGCUCACUAAUCGAGAGACAAAGGUAUUCAAAUGAAUGCAAACGAGUAAUCAUUGGCGAUGAAGCUUAUCAAAGGAAUCAAAUGAGUCCUAGGUGUAAAUCUUGUCGGGUUCUCCGUAGACGAUUACAGAAUUCCAACAAAAUUUAUAGAAAAAAAGAAAAUUAUGUACAACCUAACAUUAAAUUUUAAUAAAUAAUAUUUCAGAGAUAUAUUAAUAUCUAGGAAUUAUUGCUCCUGCGAAAUUAAUCCACACAAUUGGAUUGAAUAAUUAAUAAUUAUAAUUGUUCUUUGAGAUUGAUGAUGAUAGCAACUACAAAUGAGAAUAUACAAGAAUUUCUUAAAGUUUGAGAAAAGUUUGAUUCCAUACCAGUCUCUAAAAGUACUUUAAUUGGUUUGAAAGUUACUUUGCAAGCGACACUACAAAUACUCGACGCACUGCGUAUUGAAUGCAAUUACAGCUAUUUGAUGACUUCAAUACUUUCGCAAGAUCCUUUAGAAAGAUUAUGCUAAUAAUCAUCCAGACUCUACAAUGUUUGCUCAAGUAUAUCAUCUGGCUUAUUGUUUUUCACUUAUAACGCCUUCCGAAGGAUGUAAUGUCGAUGGAGUUCAAAUUCCAAAGACAUUACUUGGGACCAAGAACAUAAUAAAUAAGCCAAAUAAAUCAAAACAAGGAUGGUUGGAAAAUAUAGAUAGCUGGCUACAUUGAAUGAAGACUUAUGAAAAUGUUUAAAUGUCAAGAAUGCUUGCAAACUUUGGAGCUCUAUAGAAACUUUAGAAACCAUAAAUGAAAAAAGGGCAAAAAGUCGUAAAAAAUAAUCACUGUUGGGUGUUUUGAGCAUCAGAGAUUUGAUAAAGAAAGUAAUCGAUUCAUACGUGGUCAUUAGGGUGGUCGUUAAAAAUUAAAUUUUCUCAGGCGCCCCAAAAAAAAUUUCUUUUUAGUGAAAAAAUACGCGGAGAAUUUGGUUUUUUCUUUUUAAGUUAAAAGAACACGUUCCUCAGGACGAUUAAAGUUCAUUUUUUGAUACAAUCGCGGUAUUUUUUAAAUAUCUCAUGAAAUAUGCAGAUUAAAGGAUAAAAUCACAGGAACAAUUUUGUAGGAAAUAUAAUUUUUGACAAAAAAGGUCAUGUUCAUUUUUGUUAUAAAAUGUGUAUUUACAAAGAUAUUUAAAAAAAACUUUUUUAGAUUUUAUCAAUUGAGCAUUUAAAGAAUUACGAAUGUUAAAAAUUAUCAUUUUUGCUUAAAUAUAGACAACUUCGAAACUUGUAACAUAUCAAUCAUUAAUUCUUGUUGUAGUUUCUAUAUACUCAGAAAAAUAUUAUUUUAAAAAUUUGUAAUCCUUAAAACGCUCAAUUCAUUAGAUCUAAAAAAAGUUUUUUCAAAAUAUCUUCAUAAAUACACAUUUUAUAACAAAAAUGAACAUGACCUUUUUUGUCAAAAAUUCUAUUUCCUACGAAAUUGUUUCUGUGAUUUUAUCCUCUAAUCUGCAUAUUUCAUGAGAUAUUUAAAAAAUACCGUGAUUGUAUCAAAAAAUGAACUUUAAUCGUCCUGAGGAACGUUUUCUUUUUACUUAAAGAAAAAAAAACCAAAUUCCCCACGUAUUUUUUUACUAAAAAGAAAUUUUUUUUGGGGCCCCUGAGAAAAUGUAAUUUUUAACGACCACCCUAGUGGUCAUUUGAGUACAUUUUUUGGCCAAACCUGAAGACAAAUGCUAUGAAACUGCCAAAGAAAGUUAAAAUGAAUCGAAAAAAUGCUAAGUUAAUAAGUAACUUAAAAGCUAGUCAUUACUCUUUUAAUUAUUAUUUUACCUUGUUUUUAUUAACUCGCUUUCAUGUAUGUCUGUUCGGGUGGAAUUUUGUAAUUGAUUUUAAAGUAACUUCUCGAUGAGCUAGAGACUUGAAAUUGGGAACAAAGCUCAAAAUUAGAUGACAAUGCAAGAAAAUGAAAAAAAAAUUUUUUUUAAAAUGAGAAGGAGAAGCAUUAGAAGAGGAAGAAAAAAAUUAAAAAAAAAAAAAAAAAAAAAUAGAAUAAAAAAUUCAUAUUCGUUUGUUUGUCUGUUCAGUACGAAUUUUUUAUAAUUAAUUUAAAACUAAUUUUUGGACGAGUUAUAUUCUUGAAUAUAGCUCACAACUGGAUGACAGAUAAACAAACACCGUGUAAUGAAAAUACAAUGAAGGCGAUGGAAAAAAUGUGACGACUAAGACCUCCAGCACCAUAAAUAGAGUCAUAUAUUCAAAAUUUUUAACUAAAAAAAAUUUGGCUUUAAUUUGUUUUAAUAUUUUGAAGUAUAAAUCUUAUAAAAAAUGAGCUCAUUGGUAGGUAGAAAUAGCGAUUUUCUAUUUCAGAUUUGAUUAAGUGAAAAGAAACUGAAAUAAACCUGAAAUUUGUCGCAUGUCUCCGUCAUUAUCUUAUCCAGGCCUUUAAAAUUGAUUUCAAAAUUUCACUCACACAAUACUAAAAAGCAGAAAAUAAUUAUCGAAAUAAAAAAAAAAAUUUAAUAUACCACGUUUUUAAAACGAACUAAAAAGUAUAAAAUAAUAUUUCUCAUUUUCAUGAAGAUUUAAAACCACAUACAAAUUCCGAACUUCUUACAGAUAGUCCUGAAAAUUUAUAAUUGUGAAUUUUUAAGAGUUAUGAAAAUACUUGUAAGAUUUAAAACGAAAAACGUGGGGUGCAUGCAACAGAUAAUUGAUGCAUUAAUAGUUCAACUAACAAUUUUAAUGCAUUGCAAAUAAUAUGGACUGAUUUGUAAGUUUUCUCAUUGACAGCUCUUCUAUACAUUUCUUAUAGUUAUAUAUUGCAUGCGCCCCACGUUUUUCGUUUUAAAUCUUGCAAGUAUUUUCAUAACUCUUAAAAAUUCACAAUUAUAAAUUUUCAGGACUAUCUGUAAGAAGUUCGGAAUUUGUAUGUGGUUUUAAAUCUUCAUGAGAUUGAGAAAUAUUAUUUUAUACUUUGUAGUUCGUUUUAAAAACGUUGUAUAUUUCAAAUUUUUUUAUUUUGAUAAUUUUUUCUUAAAGUUUAUUCAACUAAUACGAAUAUGAACUUAUGUUAUUUUUGAAAUUUGUUACAUGUUUAAUUUCAAUAUUUCAUUGUUUUAAUCAUACUUCGACUAGUACAACGACUAGGCAAUCGAGUUUCAAAUUUGUAUAUUAAUUUUUUGAAAUUAAUUAUUUUUAAAUACGUGUAAGCAAUUUUUUAUAGAUGUUGAGUAUCAAUAGCAAUAGCAUAUUCUACGACAGAUUAUCAUGUUGUAAUGCUCUAUUUUGAAAAAAAUUUAUUUACUUGA